AUGUCCAAUCUACCUGCUGAUGCACUGAAUAGUAUGGCUACAUCCAGUAUCAACGCCGAAAAGACAGCUGAUGAUGCCAAAGAUGAGACUGAACCUGUCUCGGAUGCUUCAGCCUCUGAAAACAUUGAAACUGACCAAGGUUGCAGUGCUAUUACAGAAAGUAAAGAAACAAAGUCCGAAGAUAAGGAAAAAGAGACAGAAAACAACCAUGAAAACCAGGAGGGAAAAACUGAAUCAGAUCAGAAAAAAGAUGAAAACCUGAAACAAAGCAGUGAACUUACAUUGACACCUGAGAAGACCACAGAAGAUGAAAAUGUAAAUGAAGAACUCAAAGAACCUGGUCCCUGUUCAUCUGAUGUGACAAAAACUGAAAAGGACUCAAAUGAUCAAAACUCUAAGCAAAGCAUGUCAGCAGUUAUUAACAAAGGAACAAGUAAUGAACAGAUAGAUACAUCAAAACCACAAAAAGACGAUGUUGCAUCACCAACACAACAUGAUGUGACAUCUGUACAAAAAGAGAACACAUUAGAGGCAUUAUCAUUGGAAACAGAGGAAGGAACAUUGCAAACAAAAUUGGAAGUGACACCACAAAGUGAACAGGAAGUGACAUCACAAAUGGAAACAUCUAAAAUUUCAUCGCAGAAAGAGGGUACAGAAGGAGAAAUCACUGAAAAUUUGACAGAUGUGGAAGAGAAAACAUCAUCACCGCAGCAACUAGAAAACAUUGUAACUCAGGAAGGAACUUGUAAAGACAAGAAAAGAAGCAGUCCAAUAGAGGAAGUCAAUCAAGUAAUAGAAUCUGAAUCUGAAACAUUGUGUACAGAAGACAAAAACAAACCAACUAAAGAGGAAGUGAAAAAUGACAAAACAUCAGUUAUGGAGACUGAUGAAGAAACCGAAAAAACUUUGAAAAAACAAUCAGUAAACGAUGAAGAUGAUAAUGCUUGUGAAACACAAGCUUCUGAGGAAGAUAAUAUUCUAAAAGAUGAUGUAAAAACUCCAAAGCAAAGUAGAAUGCAAAGAGCUACUUCACCUAAAACACUGUCUGAUACUACAGGUCAAGAACAAACAAUGCCAGAUGUACAAAUAGAACCAUUGUCUUUAGUCACAAAGCCGACAAAUGACAUAAGUAACCUUUCAACACCAGAUGAAAAAACAGUGCCAGCACCGAGUCCUGAGGACGAAUGUGAAAGUGGCGACAGACUGUUGAUUGAGGAAAGCAAAGAUGAUCCUGAGCUGAAUAUAUCUGAUACUUCUAUAUUGGAAGAUUCAGUCAGCACUGAUUGUUCUAAUUUGUCCACUCCAGAUCGAUACAGUCGAGGCACUGGACUCUAUAGGUCGUACAAGUGUAAGGGAUGUAAGUACAACACUCCCAUCAAAACUAACCUACGUAGACAUGCUUCUAUUAACAUUGAAUACAAACCUUACCUGUGUAAUUUAUGUGGUGGCAAAUUCACAGAUAAAUCUACGCUCAAUUUUCAUAACAAGAAAAGACAUAGUGGAUUUGAAAACUUUGAGUUUACUCCAGAAGAUGAAAAGGACAAGGCUUUAGAUAAGUAUCUGGAUAUGUGUAUUGGUCUUGAAGGCAAGGUAAAGUCUUCAGAAGCAGCAUUACGGAACCCUUCUAAGUACAAAGACUGUACUCUUGUCACAUUUGACAUGUUCAAACAUUUCAAAAGUACAUCUUCAAAGAAAUUCAUAGAGAAGAAGGAACUGGAUUCUUCCAUAAAAGGUACAAAUGAGUCUUCUGAGUCAGAGAGGCAGACAGGGAAACGGAAAAAAGUUAUAAGAAUUCCCGAAACAAAAGAACAGGUGUAUGUAACUUAUCCUGAUGGCUCCACUGUUCGAGCUGCAGAUGAUACUUUUGGGAAUAGUCCUGCUGAGCCAAGAAGACGAGGACCAGGCAGAAAGAAAAAGAGUGAGCUGGAAUCCUUUCCUGUUGGUUCUAAUACUGAAAUUGCACCACAGAUAAGUACCAGUAGUAUUAAUGUAAAUCCACCAUUGAUAAGUCAAAGAAGCCCUACUCCUUUGGUAGCUCUCCCUCAUCCAGGGCCUGUAAUGUCUGCUCAAACAGCCACUCAGACGAGUAGUAUAAACCUUAUUCAGACUUUUGGGGGAAUAGCUAUCCCAGUACCAAUGCAAAUGCCAAUGCAGAUUCCCAUACAAGUACCUGCUCAAAUACGAACACAGAUACCAACGCAGAUGUCUGUACAUCAGCACACCAUGGAGCAACCAAAAAUUGAAUCUUCAAUCACACAUAGCAAACCUCCUGUCACAGAAGCAAACCCAACAAGACAACUUGUUGAAAAUGAAGACAAGAAAAAGAAAGGAAGAACAAAAACCAUCAGAGAAAUUUUGAAUUUAGACAAUGGUGUGCGCCGGCAAAAACUUUCACAUGGUCAAAUUGCAGAGGCAAAAGCAAACAAAGCAGGCAGCAUGAAUUUUUCGUUUGGUUUUAAAGCUGGUAGGGGACGAGGUAGGAGGCGAGGAACUUCAAAGAGCUUUGAUGUGGAAACUGACCAGUCUUCAACAGAUAAUUCUGUUCCUGAAAGUGAAUUAAGUGGAUCUGAAGGUGACCCAUCCUGGCCAGUUCCAGUACAGAAAAGAAGAGGCCGUGCAAUUGCAAGGGGUCGUGGAAUUGCUCCCUUAAAGCGGAAAUACAUGAGAAUGAAGCUUGUAGGAACAUCAUCUGAGCAAUAUGUCACAAAAUCAAGGAGAGGAUCUGAAAUUUCUGAUGAUACACCAAAAGAAGAUAAAUUGUUGGGAAUCAAAAAGAAAAAAAUUGAAUCAGAUUUGAAAGAAGAAGAAAAUGUAAGUUCUGAAAGGGAUGGUUCCUCAGAGAGGAAAAAGGUGGGAAGAAAGAGAAAGAUUGAUUGUGUUACAGACCCAGCAACAGGGGGCUUGGAGAAACAGAGAAAAGUGGCCAGUGAAACUGGUAUUCUGACAGAGGAGACUAUCAACAAUAGUCUGCUAGCUCUGAAGAGGCGACAGGACAACAUUACAGCCUCAGGCACUCGUGUGAAAAGGAAAUAUGUGAAACGAACAAAAAGUCUUACAAUGCCACCAAAGAAAAACAAAAGCCGUUCCAUGUCCAAUAAUUCCUCUUUGCUACUUUCUACCAGUAGUACAAGUAGUACAAUGGAUGAGCAAAGGGAUCUUAAUGAAACUGGACUAUCUUCCACUCAGAGUCCUGAGAAACGCAAACGUGGAAGACCAGCUUCCGUAAAAAAGAACAGUAUAGAUUUAGUAAAAGGACCUUACAAGAAAAAUCUCAAUUUAUUAUCAAAAGGGACUGUUUCUGAACAAAGAACGGCUAUACAUUCUGGUUGUGAUAAAAGUCCAGUGGAAGAAGGUUCUCUAGAUGGGAAGAAGAAGAGAAUGAAUGCCAGUCCAGGGAGAGCAAACUGCCUAUGUGCCACAGAGGAUGAUAAUGGAGAAAAUGUUGAAAAUUCUAGUAACUCGGUGAAGAAACCUACCCUUUUAAAGUCUGCCAGAAUGACAAACUAUGUUAAGAAGUAUAGUCAGAAAUAUUCAAAGUUAGCCAAGGCUAAAUCUCAGGGCAAGGUAAUGGGGAAUGCCAAAGAUCCACAACUGAUUAAGUGUCCACUGUGUGAAUACAAGUCCAAGUCCAUCAAUGGGGUAAGACUUCAUGCCUUCUGGGUACACAAAAUGUGUAAGUACACAUGCACUGAGUGUCCAUACUUCACCCUGAACAGAUUUGAAGGUCUUGCACAUUACAAAGAGGAUCACCCAGGAAAAACAGUGAGUUUAGUGCGCAGUUUCUGUCUGUUAAAAGACCUAGAAGAAGACACUACACCAGGAAUAGAGGGAAAAGUUAUGACCUUGUCACUCCAAGGACAAACAUCACCCUCUAAGCAGCGUGCUCCGGGUAAGGCUGACAUCUAUGAUUACAGUGUGUCUUCAGAAUCUUCACCUUCCAAGUCACCUGGAGCACCAGACAUUACAAGUACAGUGACGACACCUGUCGCUGAAGACAGGGCUAAAGUGUUGAAAGGCCGUUGCCCUAAGUGUUCAUAUGUUUCAACAGUGCGUGGUGUAGGUCAGCAUCUGAUGUUAGCACAUGACACUGUGAACUGGGUUUGUAAAGAAUGCAAGUACAAAUCACACUCAAAAACUCUCACUGUCCAGCAUUUCCGACGUAAUCACAAAGGAAUGCAACCAAAAGUUUACAGAACAGCAGUCUUGGUGAAACCAGACCCAGACCUCAACUUAGAACUCUCCUCACCUAAGGGUUCUUCUACGCCAAAGUCUUCUAAAGGUAGCACUGAAACAGAUUCUGUUCUUUCUGAUCUGUCUCCAACUAUGCCAAAAUUGAAGAAGUUUCCUAAGACAUGGAAAAUGAAACUGGGAUCUAUCAAAGAUCGAGAAAAUCUCCAACAGCUUAUUGCCAAACGUAAGGGGAAGACAGGAAAAGUCAAGGUGUCCGAGACAGUACUUCCAGAAUCAUCCACAUCAUAUACAUUACAUCCAAGAAAAAUGGAGGCACUGAAAGUAGGCUUCAGCUGUGUAUACUGCUUCUAUGCUGCACCGCUACGUCACCAGCUACACCUCCAUUGUUAUGAUAAACACACCAAUCACCCAGCGUGUCUUAUGAAAUUUACCAAGGACACAGUAUUUGAUUUUUUAGGGGAUUCAGCUCAUGUGAAAAUUACUGACAAAGGAAAACAUUUAAAAUCUGACCCGGAUGUUUGUAAGAAGGAAACAGUUUCAGACAAAGAAUGUGUCCAGAGAAUAAUCAAGUGGAAUAAUGACCAAGCAACAGAGUCUAAGGGUGGAGUCGGUGUGAAAGGGGAGGUAACUGAAAGGGGAGAUAACUCUUUUGACACUAAGAAUAAAAACCAAGAACUGCCAAUCAAAGAGAAGGGUAUGAAGGAGUGUGGGGUAGUUAAGGAUAUAAAGUCAUUAAAACCUCAUAAAGUUACUCUGUCUCACUCAUCAACUUCCUCAGAGGGUCUGGAAGAAGAUGCUACAAAGACUACUGUAUGUCCUCCUGCUGUUAGGCAGAUGGCACCAAACAAAUUAGGGAUAGGUAAACCAUUUUCCAAUCCACUGACUCCUCUUGUGACUAGUCUUGGGGCAGGACAGGUCAGGCUGCAUGACACAUUCCAUUCCAGUCUUGACGACCUUGACACUAUUCUGUCCAACUUUGGUGUCCGAACCUUGAACAUGGAUAUGCUUACAAGGAAACAGUUCACUGAGUUCAUUCACAGAUUUGGCAAUAGUCUUCAGCAAAUGUAAAUACAUUGACAGACAUAUGUAAUAUGUUACAUGUAUUUGAAAUCCUUCAACUGUUGCCAAACUCUUGAAUUUGAAAUAUAUGUUCAUCUUUAAUAGUUAUUGAAAUACAUUGGCAUAGUGAUUGAUAUACAAAUUUUGCAAAACAAAUUACAAUUAGAAUCUCAUCUAAGGGAACAAGUUUGAUUAUUGAUUAUUUGAAUUUCAGUUACAGACCAUGUUAUGGUUGUAGACUAACGUUGAUAAUAAGGAUGUCUCAAAAUGUAAGUUCUUACAUAUUUUUUUUUCUUUUUCUGAGAACUGGUUAUAUGUACAUACCAUAAUUAUGUCAUACAAAAAUCGAAAAAGAAAAAAAUCAUUGUCUUCUUUCGUGAUCACAUCAUUGUGUACUAUCAUGUUGGACACAAUGAUUAUUAUUAUUUGUUGUAUGUUAUAUAGUUGACAUGUUUCAAAUGGUUUAACCAUAGUAUUGUAUACCUCAAAGUUAUUCAUCAGAUCCCAUAUCUCACUGUUUAAUAUCACAUUCUGGUUAAUAUCAUGUUUUCCUGUAACACCAUUUAUUUGUAUGGACAUACAUUUAUUAUACACCAUAUAAAGUGCCAUGAGCUCCCAAUAAUAUCACCUGUAAAUAUUACAUAUACAGCCAAAACCAUUAAGAAUUGGGAAUCUUCCUUGUAAUUCUUGUGCAAAUUCAUUUUUAUGCCUUGGUUCAAUGAUAAAGUAGUAAACCAGUUAGCUUUUCUAUAGGUGCUGCUUCCCAUUUCUAUAGGUGCUGCUUCCCUAAACUUCCUUUCUUAUGUUUUCUCACAUACAAGAAGGAUUAAGUCAAAGUUAUUCACCCAAAAAAAUCUUGAGCUAUCUAUUAAAUAUUGUAAUCACUUUAUAUUACCAUUUCCUUCUCAGGCAAGUACAAAUAACACCAGGAAAAAGUACCUACAUGUACUUUGUCUGUCACUGAAAGAUACCAUAAAAAGUAAAAAAUCAUUUAAACAAACCAUCAAAUAGUCAAAAAGUAUGAUAAGUAAAUGAAAGCAAAAGUUUGUGUAGAGGAAAAAACAAUUUUAAUUAUUUUUCUGAAGGUCAUUAUAACAUAAAAUAUGAGAUAAUAAUUCACUACCUCAGGCCAUGGUUUAGCUCGUUUCUGAGGAUCACUGAAUGCCAGCUUACUUCUUGAAAUGGCAUUUUGUCAUCUAACCAUGACCUCUAAAGAUGUAGUUAGGAUCAGGCUUGAUAAGUUGCUUUUGAAAAUUAUUUGGUAUGUUUGCUCUGAGAAACUAGGUUCUCUACAAGACAUGUUUUUUUUUUCUUUAUUCAUUUCUGUUUUUGUCAGUAUUCAGUUGGUGUCAUGUAAAUUUUCAAAACGGCCCAUUGAAAAUUUCUUUUUAGGAUCAGCUAAAAAUGGUGCCUCUUCAUACUUAACAAUAAGGAAAAGAAUAGUAAUUGUUUAACCUGUGUGAACCAUAUACUUUAAAGGUUGUUAGGUAUUAUCAAGGAUUUCUAUUUUUAGCUGUGGGUAUGAGAUUCAAACAUGCAAAAAGUUGUAUUAAGUUUAAUUAACAAGCUGGAAGAAAAUGCUGUCUCCAUGACUUUCUGUGAAAAAUUCAUGCUUUUUGCUUCAAACAUUUUGUAAAAUUUUGGAACUUUGAACAAUUGAAAAAAUUAACUUGACAGUAUAUGAACUGUAUAUAGCAGUGUUGUGAUGUGAUAUAGUCAAUGUGUCUCCCUGUAAGUUCUCGUGUGUUAUAUAACUGCAUGUACAAGUAGUUCAAUCAUAAUUUAGUUAUUUUGUGUAUAUUUUUUUUCAUGUCAGUAUUUAUUGAAAACCAUUUCUGAUUCAAAUUGUGUGAUUUUUUCAUUUUGUGUAUUUUUUGGUUUUUUUUCUUGAUGGGGUUAUCUUUAAACUUACUUUAAUUUCAAGUGCUUGAUUUUGCUUAAACCAUACAAAUGUAUAUAUCCUUCUCUGCUAUUGCUUGAUUUGGAUAAAUCAGUUAUUUAUUACACUACCACUGUUUUAUUCAGUGGCUACACCAAUGCUAUAUUUCGUUUGCUACAGAUAAUAUCUGAUCUUUUGCAAAAUGUUAGUAAAUAAGUUCACUCACAUACAGAUCAUAUUAUGUCAAUACAGAAAAAGCAGAUAUUGUUACUUCAGGAGUGACGUAAAAACUAUUUUUUCUGCUCUGUUUGCAACAGAAAAAUGAUUUUAUGUGAUAAAACAAAUCAUAAGUACAGUUUCCAUUGCUUUCAAGAUUUAUGUAAAAACUUGUCAAAUAUCAAAUAAUUUUAAGUCUACCUCUGGUAAAUCUUUAAAAGAACGGUUCGUAGACUUGGUUUACAAAGCUCAGAGAUCUGUUGUUAAAAGGUCAAACUACUGUACAUCACUUAGAUUUUCCUAAUACUUUAUUUCACAAUUCUGCCUCUUCAGACAUUUUCAUGAAUAUAUGAUUUCGCGAAUGAAGAUCUAGAAAUCACUUUAAAUUCGUGAAUGAUGGGUUAUUAGAUACAUGGACUUCGAUAUCAGUAACCAAAUCUGCAUGGAUGUCUUUUAAGAAUUAUUUCUGUACAAAUAACCGUGAAGGAUUUGAAUUCAUAAAUGACUAUUCUUGCGUAUUUAUGCGAAAAUAAAUCGCACAUGAAAUUUAAGUGAUAUGCAUUAUCAGAUUUGAAAAAAGGAGCUUUUUUUAUUUAUUUGCAAAAAGAAAAAGAAAAAAAGGAUAGAAAGAAGAAAGAAAGAAUUGCAGGAUGAUGGUAUGGCGAUUUGCCUGACAGCCACUAGGACAAAGGAUGUGGAUAUGGCACACAUAUUGAAUGGAAAUUCAUGGAGAUCCAAUAUAUUUAUAUGUGUAAUUAAGAGGCUAAACUAUAGAAUUGGAAGUUAAGUGGUAUACACUCACUUAUGUUCUGUAUAAAAAACUUUUUAUUUUUAACAUGUGAAACAUGAUCAAAUGAAGAAGUUAAUGGAGAUGUAUAUCACUGUAGAUCAAACAUUACACAGAUAUGAUAUUCCACAGUAAUCUCGUGCCAUAAACAAAACCCUUACUCACAUAGAUAAGUGAAAUAAUGUUUCAAAUGGAUUUUUUCUUUUAACCUCUCUGUUUAAUCCAUUAUUUUUCUUUGCAUAUUUUUUGUUUUUGUUUUUUUUUUUUUGUGUGUAUGUGAUAUAAUUUGUACAUUUAUAUUGAGACAUUUAAUGAUAUUACUGUAACUAAUGAAUGUUGAUUUCAAAAUUCAAAUAUUUCAUUUAUAGUAAUACUUAAAGUCUUUAUAAGUUGAAAAGCCUCAGAUGUUUGAUAGACUUCAUGUUCAAGCUUUCUAAUAUAUUUUCCGUCCUAAUGAUCUUGAAGAGGAAGGGAGAUAACUCUUUGGUGCUAUACAACCUAGCAAUUUCUUGUUGUUAAGCACAUACCAUUCACCAUUACUUCCAAUCUCUGAAAAGGAAUAGAUUUUCUUACUCUCAAUGCCUAUGGCUCAGAAUAAAUGGCCAAAUUCUGUAACUUUGGAUAGGAUAAAUAAGAAUUUUAGGAAAUAUACAUAAACAAGUACACUUAAUGAGAAAUUAUUUUUUAAUUUCUUUUCACUUCAAAAGGCUUUUUCUUCCUGAUUACAAUGACCAAUUCAAAUUGUUCAUGGGAUAAUGAUAUGUUAUCUGAACUAAGACUUAGAUUUGACUGCUGAAAAUUUAAAGAAUUUGAGACAAAUUAACAGCAUGGGACAUAAUAUUUUUGUGCGCAGUUUGACUUCAUUAAUCCAUUUUAUUUCUUUUUGUGUACGUUUUUGUUCCUUAUUGUUAAUGUUAUUAUCAUUUUGCUUCUUAGAAGUAGUGCUGUAUUUAAUACAAAGUGUAAGUAUACAGUGACAUAUGUGUAAAUAGAUACGUAUAUGUCAUCUUUGCUUUUGUAGCAAAGGUGGUCAGUCAAAUCAACAUAAGAAACAGAUGUUGCCAUAUAUAAUUACCCUCAUACAGCUUUGUACUCAUUAUGAAUAUAAUGAGAACACACAAUUAAUGUAAAGGUUGUUAUUUUAAUGGCGUUCUGUUAUUUCAUGCAGUUUUUUAAGGAUGGCAUUCAACAUAAAAAAAUAAUAUAUUUCCUUUGGUGUUUUACACCAUUUGCAAUUUCGUUGGCAUUUUCUUUCUUGGAUAAAUUAUGCCAGUGAAAUCCAGUACUAAUAAAAUCCAUGUCAAUUUUUAUCAGUUUAUCAUUUCAGGGAUAUUUAAAUUCAUGGAUUUAAGAGUAAUGGCAAAUUGAACAAAAACAAAAUCUACAUGAAAUUUGAUUACUUUACCUUCGAGAAAUUUUGUGACUGUAUCGUCUAUGACUCAAAUGAGUGGUUAAAUUGCAAAAAUUUUAAACAGCCAAUAAAAAAAGCAGAUACAUCAUAAGACUGAUGUUGUUAAAUACGGUAUAAAACCAAUAUAUGUAAAUUGUAUUUCGGUUUGUUUCCAUGGUCUUCUCUUGCUGCUGUUUGGUCCAUAAAUUGAACAGUUGAUCAUUUAACAAGCAGCUUUAUUACAGGGCAGUCCACGGGACCACUGCCAAUGAAUCGAAAAGAAAGAAAACAAAAUAUACAUCAUCAUAAAAACUUGCCAUUGAUGAGGAAAAUAUGAGAGUCGGGGAUACAUAUGUUAGGGUGAGAAGGAUCCCUCACUGAUCAGUGAAGUAUUAGAGAGUUAAUGUGUGUGUUAGUGACAUCAUCAGUAUGUAUGUGGGAGACAUAUAUCCUUAAUUAUUGGUGUCCAUAUUAAAAUGUAUUCACUAAAA